AUGAUUGUAGAUAUACACAUAAGCACAAACAAAAAUAAACAAGCUGUGAACAACAACAAAAACAGGUUCUGUAAAACGUUGUUGCUUGACCUUUGCCCCAACCGGCAAAUUAAACCAGCACACAACUUAUCCAUUAUGAAAGCGGACAUCAGCACGAGUCUACCUUCU